CUCGGGGCCCCUCAGAGCUGUCCCCAUGCCGAAGAACAGCAAAGUGACCCAGAGGGAGCACAGCAGUGAGCAUGUCACCGAGUCGGUGGCCGAUUUGUUGGCCCAUGAAGAGCCCGUGGACUACAAACGCAGCGUCCUCAACGUGACGGGAGAAACCUGGGACAAGCAGAAAGAUGGAGAGGAGGACCUGGAUGCUGAGAACCGCCCAGCCUGGAACAGCAAACUGCAGUACAUCUUGGCCCAGAUCGGUUACUCGGUGGGGCUGGGCAACGUCUGGCGUUUCCCCUACCUCUGCCAGAAGAAUGGAGGAGGUGCCUACCUGGUCCCAUACCUGGUCCUGCUCAUCAUCAUUGGGCUCCCCCUCUUCUUCCUGGAGCUGGCAGUGGGGCAGCGGAUCCGUCGGGGCAGCAUCGGGGUCUGGAACUACAUCUGCCCUCGCCUGGGGGGCAUCGGCUAUGCCAGCUGCCUUGUCUGUUUUUUUGUCGGUCUCUAUUACAACGUCAUCAUUGGCUGGAGCAUCUUCUACUUCUUUAAAUCCUUCCAGUACCCUCUUCCCUGGAGCGAGUGUCCUGUCGUGGCAAAUGGCUCAGUGGCUGUUGUGGAGACUGAAUGCGAGAAGAGCUCAGCCACCACCUACUUCUGGUACCGGGAGACUCUGGACAUCUCCAACUCCAUCUCGGAGAGCGGGGGACUCAACUGGAAGAUGACUGUGUGUCUGCUGGUGGCCUGGAGCCUUGUUUGCAUGGCCAUGAUAAAAGGCAUCCAGUCCUCGGGGAAGGUGAUGUACUUCAGCUCCCUCUUCCCCUACCUGGUGCUGGUUUGCUUCUUGGUGCGGGGACUUCUGCUGCGUGGGGCUGUGGAUGGCAUCAUGCACAUGUUCACACCCAAGCUGGACAAGAUGCUGGACCCUCAGGUGUGGCGGGAGGCAGCUACUCAGGUGUUCUUUGCCUUGGGCCUGGGCUUUGGAGGAGUCAUUGCCUUCUCCAGCUACAACAAGCAGGACAACAACUGCCACUUUGAUGCCACGCUCGUUUCCUUCAUCAACUUCUUCACAUCUGUCCUGGCCACCUUGGUUGUGUUUGCUGUGCUGGGCUUCAAAGCCAACAUCAUGAAUGAGAAAUGUGUGGUGGAGAACACUGAGAAGAUCUUGGGCUACCUGAACACCAACGUGCUGAGCCAUGACCUCAUCCCACCUCAUGUGAACUUCUCCCACCUCACUGCCAAGGACUACAAUGAGAUGUACAAAGUGAUCAUGACAGUCAAAGAGGGGCACUUCAAAGAACUGGGUUUGGAUGCCUGCCUGUUGGAGGAUGAACUCAACAAGUCUGUGCAAGGCACUGGCCUGGCCUUCAUUGCCUUCACAGAAGCCAUGACCCACUUCCCAGCUUCCCCCUUUUGGUCUGUCAUGUUCUUCCUGAUGCUGAUAAACCUGGGCUUGGGCAGCAUGAUCGGGACCAUGUCAGGCAUCACCACCCCCAUCAUCGACACCUUCAAGGUGCGGAAGGAAGUGUUCACAGUUGGUUGUUGCAUCUUUGCCUUCCUGGUGGGACUGAUCUUUGUGCAGCGCUCUGGGAAUUACUUUGUCACCAUGUUUGAUGAUUAUUCAGCCACGCUGCCACUCACUGUUGUGGUCAUUCUGGAGAACAUUGCUGUGGCCUGGAUUUAUGGCACCAAAAAGUUCAUGCAGGAGCUGACAGAAAUGUUGGGUUUCCGGCCCUAUCAGUUCUAUUACUACACCUGGAAGUAUGUCUCCCCCAUCUGCAUGGCCGUGCUCAUGACCGCCAGCAUCAUCCAGCUGGGAGUCAGCCCCCCGGGCUACAGCGCGUGGAUCAGGGAGGAGGCUGCAGAGAAGUUCCUUUUCUAUCCAACCUGGGCCAUGGCCAUCCUCAUCUCCCUGAUCAUCCUGGCUUCCCUCCCUCUACCCUUGGUCUUCAUCCUCCGGCAGUUCCACCUGGUGUCAGAUGGCUCCAAUGCCCUCUCCGUCACCUACAAGAAGGGUCGGAUGAUGAAGGACAUCUCCAAUUUGGAAGACAACGAUGAGACCCGCUUCAUCUUGAGCAAAGUGCCCAGUGAGACCCCUUCCCCCAUGCCCACCCACAGGUCCUACCUGGGGCCCGGCAGCAACUCCCCCAUGGAAAUGAGCAAUGCCCCCAACGGACGCUAUGGCAGUGGGUACCUCCUGGCCAGCACCCCUGAAUCUGAACUGUGAUGCCUGCCUGCCGACCACCCCCACCAGGAGAGGAGGGCACUGGGGAGUGGGUCCUGGUUCUCCAGGCAACCGGCAAACUCAUCACUAAGGAAGACAGAAGAAGAAAGAAGAAGGAGAAGAAGAAGAAGCAACCCCUCAUCAAAUUGUAACCCAAAGCAACCGUUUCCAAGGUGGCCAUCGAGAAGAAGGGACUGCAGGAGGGGCAGGACAACCCUUGGCUGAAAGGCAG